GUGCCUUUACUUGCAAUGGCUGCUACAGCGACUGCCUCUUCUGCUGCUCCAAGAUACGCACCGCCAGAUCCCACUCUUCCCGAACCAUGGAAAGGUUUAGUUGAUGGUAAAACUGGUUAUCUCUACUUUUGGAAUCCGGUAACCAAUGUUACUCAAUAUGAAAGACCUACAAGCGUAGAAUAUGUUCCAAAGUCUUAUUUUGUGCCUAUAAGUUCUCAAAUUCAAGUUCAGCAAUCUUCUGAAGGACAUAAUGGAUAUAAUCCUGACAAAGAAAAUGAUCGGCAUGGAAGAGGCAGCAAUGAUGUAUCAAAACUUGAGCCAGUAUCACGGUAUAACCAGAGUGCAGGCGGUGGACUUGUUCAUUCCCAUAAUACACCUAAUGGGACUUAUGGCUCUGUGAUUGGAGGAUCUGCUAGGGGACAUGGAUUGGUGGCUGGGGGAAGUUAUUUGUCUGGUGAUGCUUAUCGCCAUCAGCAUGAGAUAACUGUAACAGGAGAUGAAGUGCCCCUGCCCUAUUCUUCAUUUGAAGCAACUGGCUUUCCUUCUGAGAUACUUAGAGAGGUAUACAGUGCUGGGUUUUCUGCUCCGACACCAAUUCAGGCUCAGUCGUGGCCAAUUGCAUUGCAAGGUAGAGACAUAGUAGCCAUUGCUAAAACUGGUUCUGGGAAAACUUUGGGUUACCUAAUUCCUGGAUUUAUGCAUCUCAAGCGGUGCGGUAAAGAUCCUCGAAUGGGUCCUACUGUAUUAGUGUUGUCACCUACAAGGGAGUUGGCUACUCAGAUACAAGAUGAAGCUCUUAAGUUUGGGAAGUCCUCAAGAAUUAGUUCCACGUGUUUGUAUGGAGGAGCACUGAAGGCUCCUCAAUUGAGAGAUAUUGAGAGAGGAGUAGAUAUUGUAGUUGCCACUCCUGGCCGGUUAAAUGAUAUUCUAGAAAUGAGGAGAAUCAGUCUUCAUCAAGUUUCUUAUCUUGUGUUAGAUGAGGCUGAUCGCAUGUUGGACAUGGGUUUUGAACCUCAAAUUCGGAAGAUUGUGAAAGAGAUCCCUACUCGCAGGCAGACUCUGAUGUACACGGCAACAUGGCCAAAGGAAGUUCGAAAAAUUGCAGCAGAUCUACUGGUAAACCCCGUUCAGGUCAACAUUGGCAAUAUCGAUGAACUUGUGGCAAACAGGUCUAUUACACAGUAUGUUGAAGUAUUAUCACCAAUGGAGAAACACAGAAGAUUGGAGCAGAUACUGCGUUCCCAAGAACCAGGAUCGAAAAUUAUUGUUUUUUGUUCAACCAAGAAGAUGUGUGAUCAACUGGCUCGUAACCUCAGUCGACAUUUUGGAGCUGCUGCUAUACAUGGAGACAAAUCUCAGGCUGACAGGGACUAUGUGCUGAAUCAGUUUCGAACCGGGAGGACACCAGUUCUUGUCGCUACUGAUGUUGCUGCUCGGGGAUUGGACAUUAAAGAUAUCAAGGUGGUAAUCAACUAUGACUUCCCUACUGGAGUUGAAGAUUAUGUUCAUAGGAUUGGAAGGACUGGAAGGGCAGGUGCAACCGGAUUGGCAUAUACAUUUUUUGCUGAUCAGGAUGCGAAGCAUGCAUCAGAUCUCAUCAAAGUUUUAGAAGGAGCAAACCAGCUGGUGCCUGCAGAACUUCGUGAUAUGGCUUCACGUGGUGGAGGGAUGGGAAGGCCUAGGCGUUGGGCUCCCAGUUCUGGGGGCUUUAAUGGGAGGCAUGGUGGACGUACUGAUUCGGGGUUUGGUGGAAGGGGUGGUUAUGGAAUUUCUACCUCAUCUUCUAGCUGGCAUGAUAGAAGUGGUGGACGCGGAUAUGAUCACGAGUCUCGUGAUAGGUAUAAUCGUGGUUUCCAUGAUAGUUACGAUAAGGGACAUAGUCACAGUCGAAGUCCUGCUGGGUUGGGUGAUCGGCAUAAAAACAUUGGCCGUGAUCGCAGCCGGAGUCGUAGUGCUGACAGGUAUGAUAAUGGAAGAUCGUAUGGUGAUUCUCAGCAUGAGCAGGCAAGAUCGGGAUUUACGAAUGGGACUCGUAUAGGUUCCGGCAAUGCAGAGGAUGAUCAUUGAUCUCGUUCGUCAACUCUGAAAUUUAGGCACUUGGUAUCUCUUCGUGUCUUAAAGUCCAAGUCGGGGCAGUGCAUCGGCAAAAGCUUGAAAGCUCCACAAAUUGACAUUUGUAGUGGAAUUCAUUCAUUGUUGAUUUUAUAAUGAACCAUGGAAUUUUAUUUAGUGGGGAGUGAAAGAAGGCAAGUGGG